AUGGAAAUGAUGAGUUGGGAAACAAAGCCACAUUGCUUCUUUCCUCAUGUUUUUUUUUUCCUUAUUCUUAUACGUAGUGGAAUAUGUAUAUUUAGCCAUUGCAAACAAUUCCUAACUUUCUUUUUUGUUUUCAUUCCAUUUUUCCUUCCUUUCUCCUUCUUCUUUCAUUCCUUUCUUUCUUCUCUCCCUUUUUUCUUUAUUUCAUUCUUCCUUCUUUCUUUCUUCUCCUUCGCAUUCUUUCUUUCUUUCUUUCUUUCUUUCUUUCUUUCUUUUCCUCUCCGUUCCGUUUUCUUUCUUCUUUCUAGUCCUUCCUUCUCUCUUCGUUUCUUUCUUUCUUUCUUUCUUUCUUUCCCUUCCUGUUCCCUUUUCUUUCUUUCUUUCUUUCUUUCUUUCUUUUUCUUUCCAUUCCUUUCUUCUCUCUCCUUUUCUUUCUUUCUUUCUUUCUUUCUUUCUUUCUUUCUUUCUUUCUUUUCUUUCUUUUCCUUCCCGUUCCCUUUUCUUUCUUUCUUCUUCUUUUCAUUCCUUUCUCUCUUCUCUCUACUUUUCUUUCUUUCUUUCUUUCUUUCUUUCUUUCUUUCUUUCUUUCUUUUAUUUCCCGCUCCCUUUUAUUUAUUUAUUUCCCCAUCCAUUUCUUCCUUUUUUUUUUGUUCUUUCUUAUCAUGUAUGAUUUCUUUUUCUCGCUAA